AAAUGCCUGAAAAUGCCGUAAAAAGUGUUCUACUACAUAGUUGAGAUGAUAAUUCGAUGGUGCUAGUGGAGAUAGAUCGAUAAUUAGAAGAAAGGACUUUCUUUUCAUUACUAUCUUCUGACUGUUCUAGAACACAAUAGCAAAUAAACACCGAAAUAGCAGUAAUCUCGGCCGAACGCGGGCACCGUGACAAUGGGAAAGAAAAAGCCAGUCCCCGUCGAGGACCUCAUUAUACCGCCCCAGGACACACGGAUAUGUGGAAUGAUUUGCAUCUGUCAGCUGACCUUUGUACUGAGUACGGUGGCGAUUGUUUAUCUGACGGUGGCAAUCUAUAUGCCCUCAUCACGUGCGUUCAAAAGCGGUAUCGACGAAACACCGGUCAUGUGUACUACAACUAAGGCUCUGAAUAAGGAUGCCUGCGAAUGGGGCUCCUGCGGGGAAUGGUGUCUCAGCAAAACGUCCGGUGCCUGCAUACAGAUUUACGUCCAUCUACGUACUAAUGGAAGCAGUUUGACGUUUCAAAAUUGUACCAAUUCGGCAAAUAAAACAUGCUAUGGGAUAGAUCAAGAAAAUGCGAAAAAGGCUCGUUGCAUAGCGGACGAGUGCAAGAAUCUUACGGGAACAUUCAACUGUUCCAUGGGGAUGUGCAUCAACAUUACCGAUGCAUUUGAGUGUGUGUUCAAGAACACCGACGCACCGCUCAAAUGUUCCGGCCGACGUGGCAAGAUUACGUGUAUCGACAUACACGGUUUAUUCUCAUGCAAUCGUGGAACAUGCCGAAAGAUAAAAACUCCAUACAAUUGUGACCGCCGUUGUGUGGACAUUCCGACUAGGAAUAAGAAUAUGAUUUUAUUGAGUGGAGAUAAAGUUUAUCUUUCGCAAUGUUCAGUUGCGGUUGAAACGCUUACGAAUCAAGAGAUAUGGAACGAAAGCGAUGGGAAAGUUAUAAUGUCGUCGUGUUACACGAUACAAAACACCACUAAUGGUAUUCAGGCAACCGAUUGCGUCAAUGGAUCGCUUCUGGAGAAGGACGAGCUAACCGAUCUGACCAACUUCACCUAUCUGAGCUAUUUGCACUAUGCUGUUUCGACGCCACUGAAAACGAUUGCACCCCUAGAGCAAGACUUGACCAUAUCAAACGAAUCUGGGCUCAUGAUCAACUUGGAAGGUUGUGUCAAUACUCUACAGGAUGAAUGUAAAGAUUUUCUAAAAGAAUAUGGAAAAGAUGGAACAGAUCACAAUGCCCGCGCCCGAUUUCCUUGCUUCUACUCCAAAGCGAACACGGACAAAGUUGUUGCCCGAUUCAGCUUGGAGACCACCUACAAACAAUUUGUUAUUGGAUUCUUUGUUCCAACUAUUUUGUUUGCUGUUUCCUGCCUAACCUUGACAUUCUGUCAAAAGACAAUUUUCAUCGGGAAUGAUGCGAGAAUGCGUUUUGUUGGUUGUGCUAAUAAGCAAUUGCUGGCAGAUGGGUGUUCCAAUAAACCUAACACCGAAUCUGGCGAUGGCGGUGGAGGUGGCGACUCUGUUAUGGCUCUCUGAGAUCCAUCACGCAUUCCUCUACUGCAAGAAGACAGUCCAGUUCAUCAAUCGGGUGUAUUUUCACUGCACUAAUUUGCGUCUACAGUUCAAAUUCUUCUUCUUUCGAACGAACGAAUAAGUCGUGUUCUCUACAAUUCUCGUCUACAUUAUA